CCGCUCCCCCCGCGGUUCGGGCCGCGUCUCGGAACCGGUUCGGCCCGGCGCGGCCCGUGUCGAUGUUGUGAAGCAGGCUCAGGGGGAAGGGAUUCGUCUCUGGCGCUCACCCCCCGGCUCUACAUGUUCGCUGCACUGAGGAGGAGACGGAAGAGGAGCCAGCCCCCCUCCCGGCCCGGAUUAUUGUUGUUAUAUUAUCUCCCCUCCUCCUCCUGCUCCGCGGCGGCGGCGGCGGCCCAGCGGCGGCGGCGGCUCCUCUGAGGAGGGAGGGGGGCGGAUUUCUCUCCCCCUCUCGGAUUCUCGUUGGAUUCAGACGCCGAUUUGCUCAGUGCUUGGGAGAUGGGAAGUAAUGAUAGCUGGCACCUGAACUAAAAUAUCUGUGUAGGCACUACCAUCCCAGAACUUCAGGAUGAAUGGGGAUAUGCCUCAUGUUCCCAUCACUACUCUUGCAGGGAUUGCUAGUCUUACCGACCUUUUGAACCAGCUGCCUCUUCCAUCACCUUUACCUGCUACAACAACAAAGAGCCUGCUCUUCAAUGGACGAAUAGCUGAAGAAGUGAACUGCCUUCUAGCUUGCAGGGAUGAAAAUCUGGUUUCACAGCUCAUCCACAGUCUCAAUCAGGUGUCAACAGAUCACAUAGAAUUGAAAGAUAACCUUGGCAGCGAUGAUCCAGAGGGAGAUACACCAGUUUUGCUGCAAGCUAUCCUGGCAAGGAAUCCUAAUGUUUUCAGGGAGAAAAGCAUGCAAAACAGAUAUGGGGUACAAAGUGGGAUGAUGAUUCCACAAUUUAGUAUUUCUCAGAAUUCUAUGCGUGGUAGUCCUGCAUCUUCCAAUUAUCAACAAACCACUAUUUCACAUAGCCCUUCCAGCCGGUUUGUGCCACCACAGACAAGCUCUGGUAACAGAUUUUUGGCACAACAGAACAGUCCAGUGCCUAGUCCAUAUGCUCCUCAAAGCCCUGCAGGAUACAUGCCAUAUUCACAUCCUCCAAGUUACACAACACAUCCUCAGCUGCAGCAAGCUUGUCCCAUUGUCACAGCAGGGAUGAGGAAUCUCCAUGAAAAUAAAGUUUCAAGUCAGUUGUCUGGAAAUUCAGCUAAUCAUCAUGCUGAUAAUUCUAGACACGGAUCAAAUGAAGACUACCUACAGAUGGUGCACAGAUUAAGUAGCGAUGAUGGCGAUCCUUCAAUAAGAAAUGCUGCAUCUUUUUCCUUGAGGUCACCACAGUCAGUCUGUUCUCCAGCUGGAAGUGAUGGAACCCCUAAAGGAUCAAGACCACCUUUAAUCCUACAGUCUCAGCCUCCACCUUAUUCAUCACCUAGAGAUGUUCCCCCAGACAUAUUGUUAGAUUCUCCAGAAAGAAAGCAAAAGAAACAAAAGAAAAUGAAGUUAGGCAAGGAUGAAAAAGACCAGACUGAAAAAGCUGCAAUGUAUGAUAUCAUUAGUUCUCCUUCCAAGGACUCCACUAAGCUUACAUUAAGACUCUCUCGUGUAAGAUCUUCGGAUUUGGACCAGCAGGAUGAUAUGCUUUGUGGUUUGGAAAACAGCAGUGUGUCAGAGGGUGAUAUUCCUUUUAAUGUGCAGUACCCAGGACAGACUUCUAAAACACCCGUUACUCCACAGGAUGUUAACCGCCCACUAAACGCUGCUCAGUGUUUGCCGCAGCAUGAACAGACAGCUUUCCUUCAGGCACAACAAGUGCCUGUUUUACAACAGAACACUUCAGUUGCUGCAAAACAACCUCAAACUCCUGUGGUACAGACACAGCAACAGGUUUCGCAACAAGGAACUAUAACGUCAUAUGAUGAAGUAGAAUUGGAUGCAUUGGCUGAAAUUGAGCGGAUAGAACGUGAAUCAGCUAUUGAAAGGGAGCGAUUUUCAAAAGAAGUGCAAGAUAAAGAUAAGCCUCUGAAGAAGCGAAAACAAGAAAACAAACCACAGGAGGCUGGUGGUGCUACUGGAGGAAAUAGACCAACUUCUCAGGAGACACGUUCUGCAGGAAAUGGGGCAAGGCCACCAUUGAUGGUUAGUAUUGACCUUCAGCAAGCAGGAAGAGCAGACUCUCAGGCAACAGCAACUCAGGAUUUGGAUGCCUUCAAAAAAAAAGAAGAAAUAAAGCAGUACAAUGAUGGGUUUGUGUGUUUUCCUCAAGACGACACUGUUGGAAUUAAACCUGAAAACCAUCCUGAGAUUUUUAAGAAAAAGGCAGACUUUGGGGGUCAAAAGACAGCUAUCCAACAAAAUGAAAACAGACAGAUGGAAUUUCAGAAAAAUGAGAGUAGAAGGUUGGAAAGUAAACUGAAUGAGAACAAAGAGAUAGAGGCUAAAUAUGAAAACAAGCAUGAAAGCAGUCAAAUAGAGCUGAAACAAAAUGAGAACAGACAGACAGCGUCAAAACAAAAUGAGAGCAGGGAAAUGGAGAUAAAACAAAAUGAGGGAAAGCAAAAUAACGGCAAACAGGAAAUAAGACAGAGGCCUGAAAUGCCAAAACAGAAGACUGAAGGCAGGCCUGAAAUGCCGAAACAUAGACAUGACAGUAGGAGGGACUCCAGUAAACUGUUGUCAGAUAAGAAAAUUGAAAUAACUAGGCAUAAAACAGAUGUAAAAUCUGAUCCUUCAAAGAUAAAAUGUGAAAGUAGAUCAGAUUCAGUGAAACAAAGGCCUGAUGGGCGUUCAGUUUCUGAUACACUGAGGUGUGACCAUGUUAACCUUAAACAAAGACCUGAGGACAGAGGGGAGUCAGAGAGAUACAGAGGAGAUCCAUUCAAGAUAAGACGACCUGAGUAUUUGAGAUCCUCAAACAAAAAUGAACACGAUUCUAAGCAUGGUAUAAAAUCUGAUGUUUCAAAAACUGAGAAAUUUGAAAGGAAGCAUAGAUAUGAGUCUGGUGAAUCAAGGGAAAGAUUUUCAUCCGGGGAUCAGAAAUCAAGACCUGACAGCCCUCGUAUUAAACAGGAAAGUAAAGGAGACUGUAGUAAACCAAGACCUGAUAAAGCUGGUUUUAAGUCACCCAACAGCAAGGAUGAACGAAGGACAGAUGGUAAUAAGAGUAAAGUAGAUAGUAAUAAAAUACAUACUGGCAAUAAAGCAGAGUUUCCCAGUUACUUGUUGGGGGCAAGAUCUGGCACAUUGAAACAUUUUGUCAUCCCAAAAAUCAAGCGUGAUAAAGAUGGCAAUGUCACUCAGGAGUCAAGGAAAACCGAAUGUAAAGGUGAACAGAAGGAUAAAGUAGAGAAGAUUGGGCUAGUUGAAGACCUAAAUAAAGGAGCUAAGCCUGUAGUUGUCCUUCAGAAGCUCUCUUUGGAUGAUGUGCAGAAAUUCAUUAAGGAUAGAGAAGAUAAAUCAAGGGGCUCAUGUUUUAAGCCUAACAAGAACAAGUCAUCCAAAUCAAAUAAAGGUAAGUUUUUUUUUUAAAUGCAUUUUAUCUUGUACACUCCUGUUCUUUUAGAUUUGCUAUUCCUGUGGUUAAAAAUUAAAGACAAAAGUUUGAUAGUUUAUAUGCUUGCUUAUAUGGUGAUUUGGGGGAAUCAAAGUGAAACUCAAUUCAGGACUUGUUACUGGAAAUACUGCUCCAACAUAAGUGAUUUAUGUACUCUGAUGCAAAUACCUUGUGUGGGAAAACUUGAAUGGUUUUAAGCUGCAUUUUCAUCUACAUUAGUUUAAUUGAUAAUUUCUCUAGUUUACCAUAACUGAUGUAUGUAUGAAUGAAACUGGUUUAAGUGUGUCUGGAUAAAUGACUAUAUUACUACUAUAACUAAAUUAGUGUACCUGGAGUGGUACUUAGACAAG